CUUUUCUGCAUAUCUUUACCUACGCAAGGACUACAUACCAGGUAGCCGGACAACAAUUGCACUGGGGCACAGCCUCGACAGCAAGUAUAGCCUAUAGGCUCCUCUAUUUCGUAUUAUGACUAUACUUGGUUAUAUUACAUGGAGUCCUAGAGUCCUACUCGUAUACCUAAACGGUGAGGGCCUCGCAGCGCAUUCUGCAUACGCGGCUCUCCCAUCACCCACUCCCGAGGCCGCCUGCAUUCAACCCCAGGGCCAAGACAGGGGAUGAGAACAAGCAAGAGAUGCUGACGGCGCGGAACUUGUACCUUUCAGCAUCCCGGACUUGGCAAGCCACCGUUGAUCUAGCCAGGUGCCGAAGCUUCCGCGGAGUUACGGCACCGCCGCAAUUCUGCUCAAACCCCUUUACCCCUGUCUUCUCUUGCAUAGAUCUUAAGAAGGUUUGGCGGCGGACAAAAAGGAGCACGGCUUCACACAGCGUAUCGCCUCCACAGCCGGACACGUCUGUCCUCCCCAUGCCCAGAUUCUCGCCUGACAAACUGCGUAGGUAUUGUCAGGACAGAAGCGACAAUCGGUACUAUUCCCCGUAUCGCACAGCAUCCUUCACCUAUCGCCCCCCAUCGCCCCCAUCGCAGGGAUCUCAUCGCUUUCCUUACCACCCCAUAUCUACUGGUGGGACAAGGGAGGGGGAAGAUAGCCCUUCUUCGUACCUGAACUCGUUCUGCAUGGCGAAGUGGGGAAGUGGACGUACAUACAGAUCUCGAAAGUCGCGCACCAGACAACAAUCAUUCUCGCGGCACUGGAGCCUGGCGAUGCCGGAUCGCCCCCGUCCAGUAGGGUAAAGUCCUUGGCCGCAUCAGAUAUAUAAAGCAUGGGGGUUUGCACGACGUAAUACAGGACAUUCGACCAAACGGAAAGGCGACAUGAGGAAUUGGCUCGCGUGGUCUCCCUGACACGCACGCGCCAUAUCGC